AUGGCAGCGUUUCCAUUCGGCGAGCUCCCCGAGGAUACCGUCAUUCCCAUCGCAUUACGCGCUCCCGAGGUCAUCCUAAAGAGUGCAUUCGACCAUCACAUUGACGUGUGGAGCUUUGGCUGCCUGGCUUUCGAGAUCUUGACCGGCGACAAUUUGUUCUCCGUGUUCCCACUCCCCAUCGACCUCGACGAUCAGAUCGACGACGACCAUCUCCUUCAGAUUGCAAACACUCUCGGACCAAUACCGUCCUCGAUAUUCGCACGAUGGAGCCGUGGAUCACGAUGUUUAGAUGGAGACAUGAAGUAA